CAGGGUUUUGGAAAGCCCAAUGUUUAUCAUGCUACCAUUGUAAUCUUUCUAGAGUUUUUUGCUUGGGGGCUGCUUACAUCACCUAUGUUAACAGUAAGUCCAAAUAUUUUCGAUUUUUAAACAAAUUAAAUCAAUCAUCAGUUGAAAUCCUUAAUCCUUAUAAUUGAUUAGGGAAAAUGUUUAACUGAUUAUCAUGCAAAAAAAUGUAAAAAUUAUCCGACAGUGGACUUCCACCUUUUGUAAAAGUCACCAAACUGAGGCAAACUCCUUGUUUUCAUUUUUAUCCAGGUUUUACACACCACAUUCGAAGAACACACUUUUCUAAUGAAUGGUUUAAUACAAGGAGUGAAGGUAAGAUAUUUCCUUAAUUCCAUUAUAUAACAUCUAUAUAUAUCUGAAAGGUCUCCUUAUUUUUCUUGCAUGAAAAAGUUGUUCUUUUCUUCUUAAGACUAAUAAGUUGUUGUCACUUUUUUUUUUCAGGGUCUUUUGUCCUUUCUUAGUGCACCUUUGAUUGGUGCUCUCUCAGAUGUGUGGGGGCGUAAAUCCUUCCUUCUUGUAACUGUUUUCUUUACAUGUAUUCCCAUUCCACUUCUUAGAUUCAACCCAUGGUAA